GCGCUUAUUUAGUUUAACCGAAGUGAACAGAGUAAAUUUGUAAUAUUUGUAUUUAUUCUCUUUACUCACGCUCGUUCUCUCUUUUCUCUCUCUCUCUCUCUCACUCUCUGACCCCAUCUUCCUUUCUCUCUCUCUCGCUCUGACUGAACCCACCCAAGAAAAGAAAAAAAGAAUGAAGAUCCAGUGCGAUGUAUGUACCAAAAAUGAUGCCUCAGUUUACUGCACCGCCGAUGAGGCUGCUCUAUGCGAUACUUGCGACCACCACGUCCACCAUGCCAAUAAGCUUGCGUCUAAACACCAACGUUUCUCUCUUCUCCACCCUUGUUCCAAACAAAUCCCCCUCUGUGAUAUUUGUCAGGAGAAAAGAGCUUUCUUGUUCUGUCAACAAGACAGGGCGAUUCUAUGCAGAGAGUGUGACUAUCCGAUUCACGCAGCGAACGAGCACACCCAGAAGCAUAAUAGGUAUCUUCUAACUGGGGUUAAGCUCUCUAUUACUUCUAAGCUCUACGAAUCUUCUCCCACAAACGCCGUUUCCGAUUCUCUUUCUUGCCCAAACACCACCACUCAGUGCUCCUCCGUCAAAAAAUCCUUCACUUCCGUUUCGCCUCCAAUUCCAAACCCAACAAAUAAUAAUAAUAAUAAUUAUAAUUCAUUACCAAAGACUAGCUCAACAACUUCCACAAACGGUGAUGUGGGCACUGGUACGGCUUUAACAAGCAGCAUAUCAGAGUACUUGAUAGAGACCCUGCCAGGCUGGCACGUCGAAGAUUUUCUCGAUUCUUCCUCAGCCGCUUUCGGUUUCUCUAAGGGUGAUACUGGAUUAGUAUCACAGUUUUGGGAUUGUGAUAUGGAAAACAACCAGCUGGGUUCGCAGAAUACUGGGCUUUGGGUCCCUCAAGCACCAGCUCCUUCUUCCUCUUCCAUGUACAACUACAACAACAACAACAACAACAACCACCGCCUUUCAGAGAUAAAGGAGGCUACAAAUAUCAAAACCAACGCUGCCACUAAAAGGUGGGCCGACGAUGCUUUUACAGUCCCCCAAAUCAAUCUUUCCUAUAGCAACAAUAAUGGCGGUUCCACCAAGAGAUCCAGGCAACUUUGGUAAUUCCAGGCUAUCUAUACUCUUCUCUUUUGGGACUAUAACUAGAGAAGAACACGAAGAAGGCCUCUCUAUUUUCUUACUGUACUAAUUUUAUUUGCUUUCGAGUUUGACUUUUUUUUCUGUUUUUUUUUUUUUGUUUUUCUUCUGAGAGUAUUUGGGUUUGUGAUUGUGUGUUUUUUAGAUUCUCAUGAACCUGGUCUCUUUCGCUGUCUGAAAUACAAAGAUCGUUGUAUGUAAAUAUGAAUUUAUUUUUUUUCCAA